GUUAGUUCCAGCUACUCUUCAGCACAAGACUUUGAGAGGGAGCUCAAGAUUGGGCCCAUCUACGAGUCGCCCAGGAUGUCCAGGCGUAGUCUCCGUCUGCACACCAGCGUGAGUCACUAUGGAGACGACAGUCUGCUUGACCCAUCUCUUCAGCACAGCGCCUCCUUCAGCUGUGACAAGACACUGAAGAGCAGAAGAGCUCAUCACUCUUUUUCAGGGACAAUACCGAUUAUUCAAACUCCGAGGUCUGCUUCCACGUCAAUCGUACAGGCCCAUAACAGCACCCUGAACAGCUGUGCGCCCAGCGAUGCCUCUCUGCUGUCCUCUCUUCUAGAGGAGUCCUCCAUACAGGAAAGCACCCUAGUCGACAGCUUUUGGGGUUUGGAUGAAGACUGUGACAUUAAGGAACAGACUAUAAUUGCACACCACAGCACAGUGGAGGCCAGAACACAGAACUCUACAGCACAGAAAGGCUACAUCUGCAAAGACUGCUCCAUCACCUCUCCCUCCAAGAACAGCAGUUCCCUUCAUAAUGCUACUGGGCAUCAGGUGUCUUCUACGGAGACACCCAGAUCAAACUCCUUUCCAAACACUGCAUUAUACUGCAGGGACAAGAAUCGCAGAUAUAAGCCAGGUGCGAUGGGGAUGUUGUCUGAGGCGUGCCUUCAUAGCAGAAGGAGAAUUGCUGCAUUUGUAUUGUACAUAUGGACCCUACUGAUGCAUGUGGCUCUGCUCAAAGGCCUGCUGUUAUCAGUGUUGCACUGGUGUGUGCGAGUGUGUAAGGGAAUCGCUCGCUUCACAAUCACUGUGCUGAGGAAGACAUUGCGGUCUGUGCAGAAGAAGAGAGCCACCAAUGGCUGUGCUAACGGAGGCAAUGAGAAAUACUACAACAGUAUGAGUGUUAAAGAGGUAGUGCUGCAAAAGGAACGACCGAAGAUUAGUGGCAUACUAUGGAGGACUACCUCAGGAAGCUUCUUAUGGCUUGUCGAUUUCUUUUCAAAGUGUCUACCUAUGCUUUCGAAAGUCCUAUUUCUAGCAACUUUCCUUCUGUUUCUUGCUCUGUGCUACUGGGGGCCAUCCGGACUGUUAGCCAUGCUGCCUUCUGCUAAUGUGAUGGUGUGGAAGGACGCCUCCUAUGUCACCCCUUCAACCACCUCCAUGCGUGACUCAGAGGAGGGACAGACACCCCCUGACACAAACACUCAGAGGCCCUCAGUUCUGUUGUCUUCAUCAGUAGAGGCAGAGAGGUUGAUGCGUUUAGAAGACAACUUGUCUCAGCUGUGGGAUCGAGUAACGGGGGGUUUGCUCAGGCAGGAGGAGCAGCACACUGAAGUGCUCAGUCUCUAUAACACCCUGCGCUCAGAGCUUCACAGUCACACAGACCGAGAGAGUCUGGGCCAGUGGAUUGGAGAUCUGCUGGAGGAGAGAUUCAGCCUCCUGAUAGGCGACGUGCAGAAAGAGGACAAGGACACACAACAGCAUCAGGAAAAGCAUGCAGAAGCACGUCAGUCAGAGAAUACUCGGCUCGCUGAAGCUGAGGCUCUGCUUCAGACAUUAGCACGCAAAACUGAGGAGUUGCAAAGAAAACAAGAACCUGGUUUUAGAAAAAUUCCUGAGGCUGAGGCGCCUGCCCCUGAUCCACACAGUGAGGACGCUGAGAGUAGCUCCAGUGAGGUUUUGCUGGCAGAGGUGAGGCGGCUAGAGGAGGCUUUGCAGCGCAUCAGAGAUGAUGUGCAGGGACUGAUGGGAUGCAGAGACAAGUGUGAGCAGCUGGAUUCCCUUUCAAUCUCAGUAUCCGAACAGGUGGAGAGGGAAAUCAGGUCUCUGUUUUAUGGCAGUGACCGAGAGGAAGAGUUGGAGUUUCCUAAAUCUCUCCUGCAGUGGUUCUCUGAUCACUUUGUGAGCACCACUGAAAUGCAGGCUUCGCUCGGCACUCUGGAGAACAGCAUUCUGGGUAACCUGUCCCUUCAGGUAGAGGAGGGCCAGUCACCUUCUAAAGAGACGAUCACCCAAACUGUACGACAAGCCACAGGGGAGGCAGGCCUCUCGGAGGAACAUGUACAGUUGAUUGUCAACAAUGCAAUGAAGCUUUAUUCUGAAGACCGCACUGGUCUGGUGGACUAUGCAUUGGAAUCUGGAGGAGGCAGCAUCAUAAGCACACGCUGUUCAGAGUCCUUUGACACCAAAACAGCACUGCUGAGUUUGUUUGGCUUCCCGCUGUGGUACUUCUCACAGUCAGCACGGGUUGUCAUACAGCCAGAUGUGCAUCCUGGGAACUGCUGGGCGUUUAAAGGAUCACAAGGUUAUCUGGUGAUUGGGUUAUCCAUGAAGAUUUUGCCUACAGCCUUUUCUCUGGAUCAUGUGCCCAAAUCCCUGUCGCCCACUGGCAGCAUCAGCAGUGCCCCACGAGAGUUCAGUGUAUAUGGUCUUGAUGAGGAGCAGCAGGAAGAGGGGCAGUUACUCGGACAGUUUGUUUAUAAUGAAGAUGGAGAUGCUCUUCAGACCUUCUUAGUGUCUGAGGAGGUCUCGAGAGGUUUUCAGAUCAUUGAGAUGAGAGUGCUGUCUAACUGGGGUCAUCCUGAAUACACCUGUUUGUACCGUUUCCGGGUUCAUGGGAAGCUUGUUGAUGAAUGAUUUGCAAGCGCUUAAGAUAUUGUCUGUCACUCAUGCACAGAGGGAAAAAAAAGGAAUUGAGCUCUUGAGAAAUAAUGUGCCAUGAGUUACACACUUGGCCCUGAGAUGACCUGAGAACGUCUGAUAAAGGAUUGCAUGCUGGUACAUGUACUGUAAGGCCUCAGGGCCAGAUUCAGCACUUGCACUCAUCUGAAACAUCACACUGUUUCCGCUAUUGUUAGUCAUCAGGGUAAUGCUUAUUUUUUUUUCUUGAUAUUUAUUAUUAUAAUAAUACGACCCUAUCUGUCAGAAUUGUCACCAGCAAAAAAUGCAUUGACUAGCUGUGCUACAAACAAACCUGUAAAGAAAUGUAUUUUAGACUAAAUGUAAAUGUU